GGAAGUGGAGGUGCUGAGCAGCGCGGAGCCCCGGCGAGAGGCGCAGUCACCUCGGGUCCGUGAACAUGCUGAAGGCCGUGAUCCUCAUUGGGGGGCCGCAGAAAGGGACUCGCUUCCGGCCCUUGUCCUUCGAAGUCCCGAAGCCACUGUUCCCGGUGGCUGGGGUGCCCAUGAUCCAGCACCACAUCGAGGCCUGCACCAAGGUUCCAAGCAUGAAGGAGAUUCUCCUUGUGGGCUUCUACCAGCCCAACGAAGCCCUGAGCCGGUUCCUGGUCUCUGCACAGCAGGAGUUUAAAAUCCCCAUCAGGUACCUGCAGGAGUACGCAGCGCUGGGCACGGGCGGCGGCAUCUACCACUUCCGGGACCAGAUCCUGUCGGGCAGCCCCGAGGCCUUCUUCGUCCUCAACGCGGACGUGUGCUCGGAGUUCCCCCUGCCGGAGAUGCUGGCCUUCCAGCAGCAGUGUGGAGACCCGCACAGCUUCGUCAUGCUGGGCACCACGGCCAACAGGAAGCAGUCCCUGAACUACGGCUGCAUCGUGGCCAACACGGAGACGAGCGAGGUCCUGCACUACGUGGAGAAACCCAGCACCUUUGUCAGCGAGAUCAUCAACUGCGGCAUCUACCUGUUCACGCCCGCCAUCUUCCAGCACAUCGGCAAGGUCUUCCAGAGGACCCAGCAGGAGCUGCUCCUGGAGGACAGCACCAAUGGCUGGCAGCGCGCCGAGGUGAUCCGGCUGGAGCAGGACGUCUUCACGGCGCUGGCCGGGCGCGGCAAGCUCUACGUCUACAAAACCGACGGCUUCUGGAGCCAGAUCAAAUCGGCUGGCUCUGCCAUCUACGCCAGCCGCCUCUACCUGAGCCAGUACAGCCAGUGCCACCCGGAGAGACUGGCCCGGAACAGCCCCGGGGGGCCCACCAUCCGAGGGAACGUGUAUAUCCACCCGACGGCGUCCAUCGACCGCAGUGCCGUGCUGGGCCCCAAUGUCUCCAUUGGGAAGGGGGUGACGGUGGGAGCCGGCGUGCGUGUGCGCGAGUCCAUCAUCCUGCAUGGGGCAUCGCUGCAGGAUCACACCUGUGUGCUCAACAGCAUUGUGGGUUGGGACAGCACCAUCGGGCGCUGGGCCCGGGUCGAGGGGACGCCCAGUGACCCGAACCCCAACGACCCCUAUGCCAAAAUCGACAGUGAGACCCUCUUCAGGGACGGCAGGCUCACGCCCUCCAUCACCAUCCUGGGCUGUAACGUCACCAUCCCCGCAGAGGUCGUGAUCCUCAACUCCAUCGUCCUGCCCCACAAGGAGCUGAGCCGCAGCUUCAAGAACCAGAUCAUCCUGUGA